AUGGGGUAUAAGCUUGUAAUCAGAGCUCCCGCUCAAUGGACUUGCUUCACGCUAUCUUUUGGUAUUUUAGCUUCUCCGUAUUCUAACGUGGUAAUACAUUCCAAAAGAGUUUACGAGAUCCAAGCUGAGGAAGGAUGCUUUUGUGGUCCGCCCGAUAUUCACGAGAUGGCUGAAGAUCCCUCAAACUCUGCCAUCAACGCAGAACGCCAUUCUGAUGGCCGCUCACCGGAAGGCUCUCCUCAGUGUACGAUGAAGAGACCGGAAACGGGUAGUCUAAAAACAAUCAGACAAGAACUUUCGAACCCUGAGGAUCCAAGACAACUUAUGAGGAAGAAAGAACGCAAGGUUUGA